AUGGCUGCAUUUUUCCAGGCUGGCCCAGCUGCAGCAAAUUCUACCACAACGGCAACGACAACGCACAUACCUGUCACAAAGCUGCACCCAAACACAACUACUGGUUCUGUGCUUUCCACAACCUCUAUGGUGCCACCAGCUGGUUCUCCUUCAGGAUUGCAACAGAAGGAGGUAGUUACUAUUGCUUGGUUUUUAUCGAUCGAUCAGCCUGCAUUAUCCAAAUCUUCUAGAAGAAGCGAUCUUAUUGGUGGAACAGCCCGUUGGAGAUUAGCUGCAUCCCAGCAAAGUGGGGCUGGACCACAGCAAACUGCUGCCAGUUAUGCGCCAAUGGGUGGUGCACGACAGAUGAACGGCGCUAAUGGAUUGGACACCCCUGGCCCGGAUAGACUGGAUUGGGAACGACAAUUCUUUGAUGAUACUGAAGCUACAGUAAGCGUUUUUGAAUUUUUGAAUAUCGGUUUUUUAUGCGGUGAAAUCGUUAUGUUAUAA